AUGUAAAAUCAACAAGAUUAAUUUGAAUUGAAUUUCAAUCUGUCAUAUUCUUUGGAUUAGAAUAAAGAGUUUUAUUAAUUACCUAAUCAAAUUCCAUGUGAUUUUCAAGGAUAGAGAACUAAUUUAAAUGUAAUGUCUUUAUAACUUUAGAUUGAUUCUAAAGUUAAAUAACUCCCAUAAGAUGUUCAAGAUUCCACCUAUUAAAGUGCCAUUGCUUUGUCAUAAUAUCUCAAAAUUUGGGAUGUUAAUCACUAAAAUAAUGAUUACUUCUAUCCAUUUUAGCUUCCUCCAUCCUCUUUUGUUGGAAACUGCCAAAUAUUUCCCCAUAGACCUGAUUUAUUAUAGGUUGAUAAUCAAUAUGAUGAUUAGAACGAAUAUCAUUAAGUAUAAGAUCUAAGCAAUGCACAAAUUUCUUAAAUAUUUCAGUCAGGCACCUUUGAAAUAUAAUCAAUGCAAUUUCAAAUCCCAUAUGUUUGGUAAAUAUCCUCAAUCAUAGUCAAAGGUAAUUAAAAACUUUUCUACUUUAAAAGGUCGAUAAAAUAUUACAAAAAGUUAUUUUUAAGAUAUUGGGAGGGCAUAUCAUAUUUAUAAAUUUGAAAAAAACUCAAUCUACAAUGUGAAUGACAGUAAGGGAAGAGAAUGCACUAUUCGUUGUUCAAUUUAUAAUAUCUUUUCUGUAAGAUAUACAUUUAAAAUAGAAAUUAACAUUAUAUAUAAGUUUACUAAUAGGAUUUCGAGAAACUUAUAUAGAUGUAAAUGAAAAUUAAUUAAAAAACUAAAUAGAGGCUAGAAGAUAAAUUGAAUUGAGAUAAUCCGAUUUUUAUAAAAGAAGAAUAUAUGAAUAUUUACAUUUUUUGAAUAGUGAAAUAUCUAGACGUUAAGCAUAAGAAAAAAUGACUUAAUUAAUUAAAUUACAAUAAGAAUUCAUGGAUCAUCAAUAAGGUUUGAAAUUAUCAAUCUAAAAUUAAUUUGAUUAUUUAAUUGAGCAAUUUGGUCAUAAUUAAAAAUUUGAUGAUCAUGAAGAAUAGAAAGAAUAUUUAGAAAAUAUAAACGAAUAAAUUAAACUUUUAGAUAAGGAUUACAUAAAAGAAUAUGGAAUUUAAGUAAAUAUAGAAUAGGAUGUUAAUGAAUAAAUAAAUAAUGCAAUCAGUCUUGCUCAAUUCAAGUUUUGGCAAAGUAAGUUAGGUGAUGAUAUGGCUUUAAUUAGUAACAUUAAUGAUUUGAAUGAAUGUAAGAGAGCUUAAAAGUAUUACUAAUAGUAAUAAGAUGUAAACUUAUUUAUUUAUAUAUUUAGAAUGAAUUACAAUAAUCAUUGGAUGAAUUUGAUAAGAAAUUAAUAAAAGACCAUCCUAUACGUUCACAAUCUUAUCAUUUUGUUGCUGAACAAAGAUCUGAACAUAGAAAGUAAAUGAAAGCAGUAUUAAAAGAGAAAUAUAGAAUCUUAUUAAUUGAGGAUUUAAAAAAAUAAAAUAUUAAAGAAGUUGAGUUAUAUUUAAACUAUCUUUAACAAAAAGCUCAACUUAAAAAAGAAUUAAAAUUAUUAAUUGAAUAAGCAGAAGAAAAAUCUAAAAGAAUUAAUAUUAGAAUCGAAGUGUAAUAAUUUAGAUCAUAUUUUAUUAGAACUCGUCAAUGUUUUCCUCCUUAUAAUAUUAUUAGGAUUGGAGAAUUAUUUAAAUUAGAAAGAAAAAGGACUUAUAUAGUUUAUUCAAGCUUUCCCUUAUGGAAAUUUUAUCUUAUGAUAGUUAGAUAUUUUGCAUGGACUGCUAAUGUUACCUUUUGGUUAUUUGCAAAUGGAAUUUCUGGACCUUUAGGAAUAAGAGCUUUAGUUUAAUGCAGGUAUAUUAUUAUAUUAUUGAGUGUUUUCUAUCCAGAUGUAUAAAUUAAUGAAAGAACUGGUGUAGUUAGCCAUUCACAUUAUUCAGUUACUCCAGUAGUUGUUCAUAUGGCUAAUGUUUGCAAAGGCAUGAGUAGAUCAAGAAGAGACUUUGAAAAUUCACCUGAUACAGGUUUUUUUGGUAAGAAUUGUGCUCGUAUUUGUAAUUAUGUUGAAGUUUACUUUUUCCGUUUUUUAAUUGUUGGAAUAAUUGGUGUUUUAAUUAUAAUUCCUAUAUUGAUUAUUGCUAAUUUUGUAAUCUCUUUAGUUUUAGCUUUAACAGCUUGGGCAUGGAUACCAAUUGUAUUAAUAUUAAGGUAUAUUAUAUUAUUAAUAAAUAAUAUUAGUUAUGUAUUUUAAUUAUUGAUUUAUGAUUUUGAUUGUUCAGACAGAGAAUAAUGGAGUAUUUUUUCAACACCAGCUUGGUUUCCUAUAUUUAUAAAUACUUUUGAUUUCAUAGUAAGAGGGAUCUUAAAUUUAAUAAUGAAUUUAUUAGUUUGUUUUAUCAUUCUACCUUUAGGAAGUAUAUUUAUGAUAAUAUUUGGACAUUUAAGAUAUAUAAUUAGAUCUUUAUAUGAUUGUUUAAUGAUAAUAGUAUUACAAAUAUUUUAACAUAAUAGUUUGUUAAAUGUUUAGGGAGAGUUCCUGCAACAGAAAAUUGGUUGGCUUGGAAAGUAUCUGGUCCUGGAAUAUCUAGAAAAUAUUAUUUUACUGUAGAAUUUAUACUAAUUUAUAUUAGAUAAAAAAUGAAGAGGCAUUGAUAUUGGUAGCAGGAAAAUUAGAAAAAUGUAUUUUGCAAGAGUAUUAAAAGAAGAUUGAGGAAGAAAUUAUGGCUCCUUAAAAAUAAGUAUAAUCUGUUAUGAAUAAUUUUUUUUCUGUUUUUGGGGUAUCUAUAAAUUCUAUGUAUUAUUUAGGCUUCAUAUAAUUUUCAUGAUAAAGGAUGUGACAAAUUGAAGUAGAGUUUAAAUUAAUAAAUAUCUUAAAGACUUUAGGUUCUACCUUAGAUUUCUAAUAAUAUAAGAUUUAAUGAAUCUGAACUAAUAGUUAUUAGAAUGCUUAUUAAACAAUUUAUUAAGAAUUAGAUAAAAUUAAAAGAUAUGAAAAAUUAUAUUUGGAAACAUUUUUAAGUUUAGAAGGGAGAUUAUAAUGAAUUAACAUCAGAAUUAUUAAAAUAAUGUUUUGGUCAUUAAAUUUUAUCACCUUUAGAAGAUAUUGAUUUACGAUUUUCAUUAGUAAUCAAUAUAUAUAUAUAAUAUUCUAGUAAACAGAUGAGAAUUACAAUAUAUCAAAAAAGAUAUCCAAAGCCUUGGAAGGACAAGUAAAUUUGAAUUAACCAACAAAUUUUAUAGUGAAAUCAAAUAGUGUUUCAAAGAAAUAAGUUAUAACUAAACAAUUUUUAGAAUUUUCUACAGUAAAAAUAAUAAAAUAUAUUUAAGAUUAUUCAAGAAGUUUGGAAUUGUUAAUCUAUAUAUCAAUCUUGGUCAACAUUGGCAGAUAAAUCAAAAAGAUUUUAUAUAAAUUAUUGUUUAAUUGCUAAUUAGGAAGCAUGA